CAUGCACAGUGUUGUGGCCUGGUUGUUUCUGGAAAACGGCAACAUUGAAUCCAUUGUGUAGUCCUUUCAGCUUGGGAAGCUUUGGAUGUUGUAACAACGUUGUAUAGUCGAACAGGGGAGAGAAACAUCCUGUUUUAUAAUCUAGCGUCCAUUUUGCGCAGUUUUUAUUCGUAUCCAUCGGCAGGUCACCAUGGACGUUGGAUUUCUCCGUUGUCCGGCAAUCCUCUGCCUGACUCUGGCCUUAAUGGGUUCGGUACUGGGCUCGGAUGGGGAUUUAGACAAACCAUUAAUCGGGGCGCCCGGUUCUGCAGUCCGUUUGUCAGACUCGGACCCAGGUCUAAAAAAGGCUCUCAAGUUUGCAGAGGAGCGUUAUAACAUGGGGUCUAAUGCAAUGCACGUUCGCAGAGUUAGUAAAAUCCUCUCUGCCAGCAAACAGUUGGUGAAGGGAAUUCGUUACACCAUCACAGUGGAGCUGAGUAAUACGCAGUGUAAGAAGUCUGCUGUGUUGAGGACCUGUGAUUUCUACCCUGAGCUUCACAAACUGAAGACGGAAGUGUGUGUGUUUGAGGUUUGGGACAUUCCAUGGCAGAGCACCUCCACCCUGCUCAAACAGAAAUGCAAACCGGCAGUGGAGUCCAAGGAGACCAACCAGGUAGACUUCCUACCUCUGGCCACCAGCAAGCCUGCAGAAGCCUCUGUGGAGCUCUUGGGCCAGUUCAAAGCCUUUGUGGUCAAAUACAACCGCACCUACCGGAGCCAAGAGGAGGCUGAUCGACGCCUGCGUAUCUUCCACCAAAACCUCAAGACGGCAGAGAAGCUGCAGUCUCUGGACCAGGGCUCAGCAGAGUAUGGGGUCACCAAGUUCAGCGACCUCACAGAGGAGGAGUUUCGGUCUCUGUACCUGAAUCCCCUCUUGAGCCAGUGGACCCUCCACAAACCAAUGAAGCCAGCUGCUCGCCCUCAUGGUCCCGCUCCUCCCAGCUGGGAUUGGAGAGAGCAUGGAGCAGUCAACCCUGUCAAGAACCAGGGUAUGUGUGGGUCCUGCUGGGCAUUUUCAGUGAUUGGUAACAUUGAGGGUCAGUGGUUCAUCAAGAGAGGAAGUCUGCUGUCACUCUCUGAACAAGAGCUGGUGGACUGUGAUAGGCUGGACCAGGCGUGCAGGGGUGGGCUGCCAUCAAAUGCUUAUGAGGCCAUUGAGAAGCUGGGAGGCCUGGAAACAGAGACAGACUACAACUACACAGGGAAGAAGCAGAGCUGUGACUUCACCACGGGCAAGGUGGCCGCCUACAUCAACAGCUCUGUGGAGCUUUCCAAGGAUGAGAAUGAAAUUGCUGCUUGGCUGGCUGAAAAUGGACCUGUCUCUGUGGCCCUAAACGCUUUCGCCAUGCAGUUCUACAGAAAGGGUGUGUCUCACCCUUUAAAGAUCUUCUGCAACCCCUGGAUGAUCGACCAUGCAGUGCUGCUAGUGGGAUACGGAGAACGUAAUGGCACUCCAUUCUGGGCCAUCAAGAACAGCUGGGGAGAGGACUAUGGAGAACAGGGUUACUACUAUCUGUACAAAGGAUUCAAACUCUGUGGUAUCAACAAGAUGUGCUCUUCGGCUGUGGUCAACUAUAUGUACUCUAAAUCCACAGAAUCCUCCGUCAAAGAAACUAAACGAUUAUUUUUCAACUUUCAAGCUGGCGAAGCAUACCAAGUCGAACACUCAGCUAUGUCUCAAGCUACCAAACGCAAACACGUCGUCAAAGAGGUUCUAGGAGAUUUUGUCACUCCAGCUGAUAACCAACAGAUUGUAAAGGUUAUGGGAAGCCGUGGAAACAACCUGCACGAGGCUGUCACAGCCCAAGGCGAGAACUUUCUUGUUAGCAUGCCUACCAAGUUCCGUAAAAACCUCUGGAUCAAGAGAGGUGAUUAUGUGAUUGUGGAUCCCAUAGAAGAGGGAGAGAAGGUGAAGGCUGAGAUCAGCUUCAUACUCUACAGGGACAACAUUCAGCAUCUUCAGAAACAGCAGCUGUGGCCAGAGGGGUUCACAGUAGAGACGUCGACAGAGGAGAGGAAAGAAGGACAGCAGCGGAAGGAGGAGGUUACAGGAGAAGAGGAGGGUAGUGGUCAUGGCAGCGAGUCUGAUGAUGAUGAGAGCGAUCUCUUUGUCAACACCAACCGCUGCACUUACCAGUACAGCGAGAGCGAGGAUGAGACUGAGGAGGAGGAGGAUGGGAAGGAUGAAAAGGACAGACCAGAACAGCUCGUACUGGGAAUUUGAAAAGUGACUUAUACACUUUUGUGGACCAACACAGACAUGAACACCAAUGAUCUCAGACCUCCUGCUGCCUUAUGGAUGUAGUUAGACAUGCUAUCACUGAAACGUCUGAUUUCUCCAAACCAUUGAAUCCAGGAAAUCAUUCACAGUUCUGUCGUAUUUAUCCGGUUAUUUAAAGAAACGUAAAUGGCCUGUUAGAUAUGUUGUUUGUAAUCUGGUAUGAGAACUGAAUCCUAUUGACAUGCCUCUACUAUGAAAAACAAAUGUGAAUCUUCUGACCCAUGUAAGACAGAAGAAUUACUGUCCCUACUCUGACCUUAAGUACAUUUUGUGGAAAAGGUCAGUUUCAGACAUUCCUGAUUGAGUAACUGAGGAUUUUUGUUAUGUGUACAUACUGUGUAAUAAAUUAAUUUUUAAGGUCUUUAAA